GACAAACGCAAUCGCAAGGUGGGAAAUAUCCUUACCCCUACGACGUAUUUCCGAACUCCGAAGUGAUAGAGAAUAUUAUGAAUCAGUGUUUCACCUAGAGUUCGAGUUCUCAGUCAACUCCAUGGAAGUCCUCAUGCAAGCAUCCCCUGCAAGUUGUUUCUCUCCCAAGAGCUCCAAAUGGUUCCGUAGCGGUAGUGUUCUGGAAAAUCAUACUUUCGGCUUCAUUUACUCUAACGGGCAACCCUCUUUUCGCUCAUUUGCUUCCCAGAAGCUCUUUCUCGAUUAUAGGGGAAGAAGCUCGGUGGUCGUAGCAGCGAAGAAGAAGAAGGAAAAAUUCGAUUCUCAUAGCUUCGUACCUAAGCCAGAUGAAGCGACAGGACCCUUUCCUGAAGCCGUGUUGUUCAAACAGAAGGAACUCCGGGAAGACGGUAGACUUCUUCCUGAAUUUGCUGAUGCUGAAGAAGAGAAACUUUACGAGUACCUGAAUCUUCAGCUGGAAAGUGAUUUGAAUGUAGAACGAGUGCGUCACUAUGAAGUUGUUUAUUUGAUUCAUGAAGACCAUGCGGAAGAGGUUAGCAGUGUAGUCUCAAAUGUUGAAGACUUCAUAAGAGAGAAGAAGGGCAAGAUAUGGAGACUGAAUGACUGGGGUCUCCGGAGAUUGGCAUACAGUAUAAAGAAAGCAACGCGUGCAAACUACAUUUUGAUGAAUUUUGAGCUGGAAGCCAAAUGGAUCAAUGAUUUCAAGAGCAUGCUAGACAAGGAUGAAAGGGUCAUCCGCCAUCUUGUGAUGAAGAUGGACAAAGCCAUCACUGAGUAUUGCCCUCCACCUCCCGAGUUCCACACCCUCCGUGCAGGUAUGGAAGACGAAGAGGAUUUGGAUUUUGAUGAUGAAGAUGAUGAAGAUUACGGAGAGUAUUUGGAAGAAGAGGGUGAGUUGGACAAUGAAAAUGAUGAAGAUGUUAUUAUUGUACGAGAUGAUGAAGAUGCUAUUGGGAAGGACAGAACUCAUGGUUCAACUAGUCCAUCUGGUUCAAGUAAAGGGAGUGGAAGAACUCUGAAGGUUGAGAAAGUAUUUAGGUAAUUCUCCUCUGUUUCUUGUUUAACAUGGUGUCUGUGCAAGUAAAGUUAUAUUUUUUCUCUCCUUGAUUUCAAUUGGGUGAAUAGUGUAUUGUGAAAGAUAUUAAUGAUAUUUUCUUUCCAAA